AUGAGGCUCGUGGCGAGCCGCGCGCUUGUGCGCUCAGCGGCCCAUGAAAUUAGGGUCCGGUGGGAACGCGGUGCGCUCACGAACCAAGUUCCGUGUGAGUGCCUUGCCGUUUCCGCUCCGGGGGAAGUGGGAGGCGUGCCUAAAGUCCCCGAGUUCCCUCUGCUCUCGCGUCACUACAUCCCCGGUGUCCUCGAGCUCCGUUCCCCGUCCGAGCCCGGCUGGAUGGACCGCGAAACACGCGUCCUCGCUGAGCGCCACUUCCGAGCCGCGGGGGACGGCGAAGCGGGUGGUGGGGCCCUGGGCGGAGUGGCCUUCAUCGCGGAGCCUGCCACCUUCUCCUACGGUGACUUCGUGCGCGGCUUCCUGCUGCCCAACAGGCCCUGCGUCUUCUCCAGCGCCUUCACCCGCGCCUGGGGCUGCCGGCGCCGCUGGGUCACGCCCGCGGGCAGGCCCGACUUCGACUACCUGCUGCAGACCUACGGAGACGUGGUUGUACCCGUUGCAGACUGCGGGGUCCAGGAAUACAACUCGAACCCCAAAGAACAUAUGCCCCUCAGAGACUACAUCAGCUACUGGAAAGAGUACAUUCAGGGCGACUGCUCCUCUCCGCGGGGCUGUCUCUACCUCAAAGACUGGCACCUGUGCAGGGAUUCCCCAGCAGAUGACGUGUUCACCCUGCCUGUGUACUUCUCAUCUGACUGGCUGAAUGAGUUCUGGGAUACCCUGGGUGUGGAUGACUACCGCUUCGUCUAUGCGGGGCCAACAGGCACCUGGUCUCCGUUCCACGCCGACAUCUUUCGCUCCUUCAGCUGGUCCGUCAAUGUGUGCGGGAGGAAGAAGUGGCUCCUGUUCCCUCCGGGGCAGGAGGAGGCCCUGCGGGACCACCUGGGCCACCUGCCCUAUGAUGUGACCGUCCCCGCGCUGAUGGACAAAUGCCUGCAUCCAAGGCGCACUCUGGCUGGCCCGGCCCUGGAGCUCACACAGGAGGCAGGCGAGAUGGUGUUCGUGCCCAGUGGGUGGCACCACCAGGUCCACAACCUGGAUGACACCAUCUCCAUCAACCACAAUUGGGUCAACGGCUUCAACCUGGCCAACAUGUGGCAUUUCCUGCAGCAGGAGCUGCGUGCUGUGCAAGAGGAGGUUGGUCAGUGGAGGGACUCCAUGCCCGACUGGCACCAACACUGUCAGGUCAUCAUGAGGUCCUGCUCGGGCAUCAACUUUGAAGAGUUUUACCACUUUCUCAAGGUCAUCGCAGAGAGGAGGCUCUGCAUCCUGGAGGAGGGAGUGGCAGAGGAUGACACCAGGCCAGGGCUUGAGCAGGCAGUGUUCGACGUGGGGCGCAUUGUGGAUGUGCUGGCCUCUGUGGUCACACACCCCGACUUCCAGAGAGUAGACACUGGCACAUUCUCACCCCAGCCUGAGAAGCUGCUGCAGCGACUAAGGAGAACUGUUGCUGCCACUGCAGCCCCCUAG